AUGGUGCUAAAUCAAUCUAGCGGUUAUGUUCCCCCGAGCAAUGCGUCCGAAGCGCCUGAUCCCUCACUACCCAUCUUUGACGUGCGAGAUGUCCAGCUUCGAUUCUCAACGCCAGACUUUGUAGCUGCACAAGUGGCUAACAAUGUUCUGGUACUGGCGCUUGCUACGGGGCGCAUACUGCGCAUAGAUUUGGAUAGCCCGGAAGAUAUCGAUGAUAUCGAUCUUCCUAAGAAGUCCACGGAAACUGGAGUUAUUCGUCGGAUGUUCCUCGACCCUACCGCUUCGCAUUUGAUCGUCACCACAACGCUCGGCGAUAAUUACUACCUGCAUACCCAAUCACGUCAACCGAAGUUACUAUCGCGCUUAAAGGGCUCGAUUGAGAGUGUGGCCUGGAAUCCUUCAGGACCGACUGCAUCUACAAGAGAGAUUCUGGUGGGGAUCACAGAUGGAAACGUGUAUGAGGUAUACAUUGAACCGUCCACCGAGUUUUAUCGUCGCGAGGAGAAAUACGUCGCAAACGUUUAUCGUGUCCCCGACACAUCGAUUACGGGUAUAUUCACCGAUUUGAUACCGGGAAAACCGGAUCAGAGAUAUGUGAUUAUAUCGACACCUACGAAGUUGUUGCAUUUCCAGGGUCAUGCCGGUCGGCAUGGGAAGGAGGGUGUUUAUGCUGAGUUAUUUCAACGGAACACCCCCGCCGUGCAGGAGAAUGCGAGAGCAACUAGAUCGGCGCCGUCGUCGUUGGCGAUUUCGCCGCGUCAGACGGAUGAGCAUCAUGUUGACGGGCAGACAUCAGAGCUGCGGUUUGCCUGGCUUUCGUCCACCGGCGUGCUCCAGGGGUUGUUGAAUCAUAAUUCGUUGGAUGGAAGCAAAAUACUCGAAAAGGCUUCUAUGAUUCCCCGCGAUGUAUUCCCCGCAACAGAAUCCGCGCGUGGCGGAAAGAAGCUCAUCCAAGAUCCCAUAACGGCUAUAACCCUUUCACAAUGGCAUGUUCUCGCUCUGGUCGAAGGACAUGUAGUCGCCGUGAAUGUGCUCAGCGGCGAAGUAGUGCAUGACCAGGCCGUGCUCGAACCCGGACAGACGGCUCUCGGACUUGUCAGCGAUCGUGUGAAGAACACAUACUGGCUCUUUACUCCGAAAGAAAUCUACGAGAUUGUGGCAUACGACGAAGACCGUGAUGCAUGGCAUCAUUUCCUACAAGAACAGAGAUUUGACGAAGCGCUUCGAUAUGCACAGAGUGCGGCGCAACGAGAUGCUAUUGCUACGGCUUCUGGUGAUUAUCUUGCUAAUAAAGGGAAAUAUCUGGAAGCAUCUGCAGUAUGGGGAAAGAGUAGCAAGAGCUUUGAGGAGGUGUGCUUGACGUUUAUUAACGCGGGUGAACAUGAUGCCUUGCGCAAAUAUCUGCUCACGAAACUCGCGAGUUACAAGAAGUCGUAUGUUAUGCAGCGUACGAUGAUUGCGAGUUGGCUUAUAGAAGUCUUUAUGGCAAAGUUCAACUCACUUGAUGAUACGAUUGCGACUAAGGCGGAACUCGCCGAAGGAACUAGCACAGGAGAAUCAAAAGCGCAGCUUGAAAGCAUCCGGGCCGAAUUUGAGGAUUUUGUGACGAAGUUUCAAGCUGAUAUGGAUCAGAAGACAGUUUACGACAUUAUCAGCAGUCACGGACGUGAAUCGGAGCUCCUUUUUUUUGCAAAUGCAACCAACGACUACAAUUAUGUUCUAUCCUACUGGAUCCAACGAGAAAAGUGGGCGGAAGCAUUGAAUAUACUUCAGAGACAAACUGAUGCCGAGGUCUUCUACAAAUACAGCACUGUACUCAUGGUCCAUGCUGCCGUUGGACUCGUGGAUAUCAUGAUUCGUCAAACACAUCUGGAUCCUGAACGUUUGAUACCUGCUAUGCUUAGUUAUAACAACACAGUGAAACCGACUUUGAAUCAAAAUCAGGCGGUUCGAUAUCUGAAUUUCAUCAUUGCGAAUCAUCCCCAUCCUGCAGCGGCGGUGCAUAAUACCUUGAUAUCGAUACAUGCUUCCAGCUCUUCCGCCAACGAAGCAGCACUACUCAGUUAUCUCGAAUCACAACCCUCCGACUCACCUCCAUACGACGCCGAUUUUGCACUCAGGCUAUGCAUACAAUACGAACGUGUUCAAUCCUGCAUCUACAUCUACAGCUCCAUGGGUCAAUAUCAACAAGCAGUCGAACUCGCCCUGAAAUACAACGACAUCGAAUUCGCAGCCAUCGUCGCCGACAGACCCGAAGGCGACGAGAAGCUCCGCAAAAAGCUAUGGCUCCUCGUCGCGGAAAAAAAAAUCCGCCAACAAGGCACAGGAAUCAAAGACGCAAUCGAAUUCCUCCGCCGCUGUGAACUCCUUCGCAUCGAAGAUAUGAUUCCAUUCUUCCCGGAUUUCGUCGUAAUCGACGACUUCAAAGAUGAGAUCUGCAAAGCCCUCGAAGAGUAUUCAAUCCACAUCGAUGAACUACGUCAGGAAAUGGAUACAUCCGCUCAAACAGCAAGUCAGAUCCGAGCUGAGAUUACAGAUCUAGACUGUCGAUAUGCUAUCGUCGAACCCGGCGAGAAAUGCUGGAUUUGUUCCUUGCCGUUACUGAGUCGUCAGUUUUUUGUGUUCCCGUGUCAACAUGCUUUUCAUAGUGAUUGUUUGGGUAAGGAGGUUCUGGAAGGUGCGGGUGGGAAGAAGAGGUAUAUACGCGAUUUGCAGGCGCGGUUGAAUAAGGGCAAUUUGUCGGCGAGUAAAAGGGAGAAGAUUAUUGUGGAGUUGGAUUCGUUGAUUGCGGAGGCAUGUAUAUUAUGUGGUGAUCAUGGAAUCAGACAGAUAGACAAGCCUUUUAUCACGGAUGCUGAUAAUCUGGAUGAAUGGCAGCUAUGAUUGUGCUUGUCCAGGUGAUGUCUGUAUAUAUCCUACUAUGAGCCUUACUCUGGAUUUCUUAUGAAUUUAUUCAGCGAACUGCUAUGAUUUUUCUUACGAAGUUUGAGUCCUCUGUCAUUGAACAUUCUUCAUCUCUGCAGAUGUAGCCGGGCUACCUAGGGCUCUCGCCGUGGGGUAUCCAUCAUAUUCAGGCGACGCUCGACAACAUUCGCCGCUUAGGAUAGAUUAAUAUCUAUAGAGUACCCGUCCCUAAAUUGAACUCCCGGGAAUACUGACCCAGGCGACAGUAAAGCCCUAACCCCAACCCUAUAGCCAUAUGCCUGGACUAGGCUAAACACAGGGUGGUACGUAAGUAAGUAGGCAGUGCAAAACCCCAUAAACCCACAAGGUGGCAAUCCGGGCUCCCGGGUGGUAAGACAGUCUCAAGU